GAGUGAAGAUAAGGAUUUAAAGCCUCGCCAUUCAUUCCCCUCCCUCCACUUUCUGCCUCUAUCAUCAAAUACCCAUUUCGUGUUUCACCAAAAAGACUUCAUCUUUGCACUUGUUACAGAGUUCUGAGUCCAAAAUUUGAGUUUGUUUUUAGCAUUUUCAAGCUUCUGAGGUGACACAGGAUGAACUGAUCCUUAAAUAUAAUUAAGUUCUACAAUUCUCAAGCCAACAUGAAUCCUGUAAUACGGUGCUCAGUCAGCAAUGUUUCAAUUAUUCCUGGAAUUGCCUAUUCAACAAGGAAGAACAAAUCUUCAACAAGAAUUAGUAUGUCAGGGAACUCUGUAAAACCUGGAUCAUCAACUUGGAGAUUUCUCUUUCCUUCAUUUCAUGCCAAUGGAGUGUUGCCACAGAACAAAAGGAUAUGCUCUUUCCAUAAGAAAUCUAGAACCUCCAUAUCAGCCACUGAAACAGAAGUAGCAGUGGAGGAACCAGGUUCAACGGUUGCAGAUGAAGCUUCCGGUGAAGUUCCUUCGGAUGAAGUUGGAACAAUUGAAGAUUCAUCUGCGAAGUCUGAUGCCAACCCAGCCGCAGCUAGGGCCAGACGCUCAAGACCCGCAAGGAAAAGUGAUAUGCCUCCUGUAAAAAAUGAGGACUUGGUUCCUGGGGCAACUUUUACUGGGAAAGUAAAGUCUAUCCAGCCAUUUGGUGCCUUCGUUGAUUUCGGAGCUUUCACAGAUGGGCUUGUUCACGUUUCAAUGUUGAGUGAUAGCUAUGUAAAGGAUGUUGCAAGUGUUGUUUCUGUAGGACAAGAAGUGAAGGUGAAGCUGCUAGAAGUCAAUGCUGAUACUCAGCGCAUUUCUCUCUCUAUGCGUGAAAAUGCUGACACUGGUAAGCCACGUAAAGAUGCAACCGCUGAUACAGAGAAUACUGGAUCUGCGAGAAGGAACACUUCAAAACAAGGCCCCAAGAAAGGUGGUCUGAAGAAAAGCACAAAAUUUGUCAAAGGUCAGGAACUGCAGGGUACAGUGAAGAAUAUGACUAGGAGUGGUGCUUUCAUAUCUCUUCCUGAAGGGGAGGAAGGUUUUCUACCCGUAUCUGAGGAACCUGAUGAAGGAUUUGCAAAUGUUAUGGGCAAUACAUCAUUGGAGGUUGGUCAAGAAAUCAGUGUACGAGUCUUGCGCAUCACAAGAGGACAAGCAACAUUGACUAUGAAGAAGGAGGAAGAUACUGCAGAAACAGACUCAGUACUUAACCAAGGAGUUGUUCAUGUUGCGACAAACCCUUUUGCAUUGGCUUUUCGUAAGAAUAAGGAUAUUUCUUCUUUUUUGGAUGAGAGGAAGAAAAUUGAGAAUGAUGUUCAGAAAUCAUCAACUACAACGGCUUUGGAAGAUAUUGAGGAAACUCUCCAGCAAGGAGAAACUGUAUCUGAUACUCCUGAUGUCCAGGGUGAACCACAAAGCAUAGCAGAUGGCCUUCCUUCUGCGGUAAAACUUAAUGUUGAAGAUGAUAUUUCUGGAAGUGAGGAAAAUGUGGCAGAAAGUGCAUUGGAUGAUUCCACAAAUACUAUUGUGGAUGUUGUAACUGAGGAAGAAACAGAGGUGGCUUCUGAAUCUGAAAAUUUGGCUACGGAAGAAACAGAGGUGGCUUCUGAAUCUGAAAAUUUGGCUACUGAAGGGAGUCUUUCUGCCGUAAAUCCAAUUACUGAGGAAGCUACUCCAACAGAUGAUACUCCAACCAAUGUAGAAACUGACUCACCACUUGAAGUAACUGAUGAAAAUGUAAUAGAAAGUGGAAUUGAUCAUACUGUUGCAGAAGAUGAGAAACAAUCAGAAAGUUCUAAUGCAACGGAAGAAUUUGCAACUGCAGCACUGACCGAAAGCGAUGCAGUUGAACCUAGCCCUGAUGAAAUUGGUAUUACUACAGAAUCAGAUAUUACAUCAAGCGCACUAGCUCCCCAAGAAACUGCAGGUGGAACAGAAGAAAAUAAUGAAGUUUCCUCUCAAGAAAGUCCUUCCACUGAAGUUGUAAAAGACUCCAUUGAUGACCUCAAAGAAGUGCAAAACGAAAUAGCUACCACAGAGAAUGAAAAUAUUGUUACCUCACAAGUUGAAGAUAAAGAAGUUUCAGUUUCAUCUGAGGAAAGUAACAGCUUAUCUAAUUCUGGUGGAGAAAAUGGCCUUCCUGCUUCAGAUCAAAGCUCGAGCGAAGCAACUAUAUCACCUGCACUUGUGAAGCAUCUGCGGGAAGAAACAGGAGCUGGAAUGAUGGACUGCAAAAAGGCUCUAUCAGAGACUGGAGGAGACAUUAUUAAAGCACAAGAGUACCUUAGGACAAAAGGCUUAUCGAGUGCAGAAAAGAAAGCAAGUAGAGUAACUGCUGAAGGAAGGAUAGGUUCUUACAUUCAUGACAGCAGAAUCGGUGUUCUGGUGGAACUAAACUGCGAGACAGAUUUCGUCUCCCGAGGUGACAUUUUUAAGGAGCUUGUUGAUGAUAUAGCCAUGCAAGUGGCUGCAUGCCCUCAAGUAGAGUACCUCGUUGCUGAAGAUGUUCCUGAGGAUAUUGUGAACAAAGAAAAAGAGAUAGAAAUGCAGAAAGAGGAUCUUUUGUCAAAACCAGAGCAGAUUAGAUCAAAAAUCGUUGAAGGCCGGAUAAGGAAAAGACUUGAGGAGCUAGCAUUGCUUGAGCAGCCCUUCAUUAAGAAUGAUAAAGUGCCAGUGAAGGACUGGGUCAAGCAGACAAUUGCAACUAUUGGAGAAAAUAUUAAAGUGAAGAGGUUUGUGAGGUUCAACCUCGGAGAGGGUUUAGAGAAGAAAAGCCAGGAUUUUGCUGCUGAAGUGGCUGCUCAAACUGCGGCAAAACCAACGCCAACACCAGUGAAAGAGCAACCUGCUACUGCAGAAGUCCAGGAGACUGAACAAAAACAACCAACAGUAACAGUCUCAGCCUCUUUGGUUAAGCAAUUGAGGGACGAAACCGGGGCAGGGAUGAUGGAUUGUAAGAAAGCUCUUGCUGAAACUGGUGGAGAUCUUGAAAAGGCUCAGGAAUAUCUCAGAAAAAAGGGUCUCUCAUCUGCUGACAAGAAAUCCAGCAGGCUGGCAGCUGAAGGCAGAAUCGGUUCAUACAUUCAUGAUUCGCGCAUCGGCGUUCUAAUUGAAGUCAACUGUGAAACUGACUUUGUCGGUAGAAGUGAGAAAUUCAAAGAGUUAGUUGAUGAUCUUGCAAUGCAAGUUGUGGCCUCCCCACAGGUGCAGUUUGUGUCCAUUGAAGAUAUCCCGGAGGCUACCGUAAACAAGGAAAAAGAAAUCGAGAUGCAGAGGGAGGACCUUCUUUCCAAGCCUGAGAACAUCAGAGAAAAAAUUGUGGAGGGAAGGGUUUCAAAGAGGCUCGGGGAGCUUGCGCUUCUAGAGCAGCCUUUUAUCAAGGAUGACAGUGUUUUAGUGAAAGACUUGGUGAAGCAAAGCAUUGCAGCCAUUGGAGAGAACAUUAAAGUGCGGCGUUUUGUUAGGUUCACUCUAGGGGAGACAGCUGAAAAAGAAACAAUAACAGCAUAACUUAAGAUAGGUCAAUCCUUGUGUGUUACACCAGCAUAAAAAGAAGCACUGGCCAGGGUGAGGCUAAUUUUGCAAACAGCAAUCUGGUUCAUAAUAACCGAGUCGGCAUGGACACAUGUUACUAUAUCUAUAUUGAGGACUAAAUUUUGUGUAAUUCUAUGCGGUUUGUAUGCUGAAAAUAUUAGUUGAUGCAUUUUUUAAUUACAAUUAGGGCACGCUGUUGCAAUUAAAUUCAUUUGUUCUUA